GCUUCUUCCGCUCGGUCUCAGCUGCUGCCGCUGCUGCUGCAGGCCCAUGUAGAUAAACAGAGACGACAGGCGGGCAGUCUGUCCACUUUGGCAUGGUCAGAGUUGGUGUUUUCGGGGCACGACUGAUUGGGAGGUAAAAGAGGAAGACUUUCAGCUGCAGCAAUGUGGAUCACUCCGGAGGAGGUGCUGCUCGCUAACGCGCUGUGGGUCAGUGAAAGGGCGAACCCCUUCUUUAUUCUCCAGCGGAGGAAGGGACACGGCAAAGGAGGAGGCAUCACUGGCCUUUUGGUCGGUACACUGGACGUUGUGUUAGACUCCAGUGCUCGCGUGGCUCCAUAUAGAAUCCUGCACCAGACCGGAGACUCGCAGCUCUUCUGGAGCAUCGCCUGUGGUUCUUCUCGUAAGGAGAUAACGGAGCAUUGGGAAUGGCUAGAGACUAAUUUACUGCAGACUCUCUCCAUCUUUGACAAUGAUGAUGACAUCACCACUUUUGUCAAGGGCAAGAUUCAGGGCAUCAUUGCUGAGGAGAACAAAAGUCGUCAGGCACAGGAAGACGAGGACUGUGGGAAGUUUCGGGAAGCAGAGCUGAAGAUGCGGAAGCUGUUUGGGAUGCCUGAGGAGGAGAAGCUGGUGAACUACUACUCCUGCAGCUACUGGAAGGGCAGAGUGCCACGGCAGGGCUGGCUUUACCUCUCCGUCAAUCACCUCUGCUUCUACUCCUUUCUGCUGGGGAAAGAAGUGACGUUGGUGGUUCAGUGGACAGAUGUGACUCAGUUGGAUAAGAAUGCUACGUUGGUGUUUCCUGAGAGUGUGCGUGUGAGCACCCGUGACACUGAGCAUUACUUCUCCAUGUUCCUCAACAUCAACGACACUUUUAAACUGAUGGAGCAGCUGGCUAACAUCGCUAUGAGGCAGCUCCUGGACAACGAAGGCUUUGCUGCUGACCGCAUGCUCCCCAAACCCUGCAAGACCUUGAAAAACGUCUCUGCACUCAAGAGGGACUUGGAUGCACGGGCAAAAAACGAGCGCUAUCGAGCUCUGUUCCGCCUGACGCAGGAUGAACGACUAGAUGGACACACAGACUGCACCCUGUGGACACCUUUUGCCAAGAUGCAUGUCGUUGGACAGAUGUUUGUUUCCAACAACUACAUCUGCUUUGCCAGUAGAGAGGAGGACCUAUGUCAACUCAUCAUACCACUCAGAGAGGUGUCUAUAGUAGAGAAAGCUGAUAGCAGCAGUGUUUUGCCCAGUCCGCUGUCCAUCAGCACUAAAAAUAAGAUGACCUUCCUGUUUGCCAACCUCAAAGACCGGGACUUCCUGGUUCAACGCAUAUCCGACUUUCUGCAGCGCACUCCUGACAGGCUCUGUGGACUCGCUGGACAGUCUGAAACUCCAAGUCCCAGCACUCCUACUUCUCUCCCGCCAACCCCACCAGUCCUGGGGACAGGGGAGCUCCCUCUGGGCCGACACUACAGCUCCAGCCUCCCUACAGCAAAGCAGGGCCUGCUCAGCAUCUACCAGAAGGACCAAGCUGAAGACCUGGGGCCCAAAGCGACAAAAGAGAAGAUGAAAGAAGAGUCUUGGAAUAUCCAUUUCUUUGAGUUUGGGCGAGGUGUGUGUAUGUACCGCACGUCUAAGACAAGAGACCUGGUGCUGAAAGGGAUUCCUGAGAGUCUGAGAGGGGAGCUGUGGCUACUUUUUUCAGGUGCUCAGAAUGAGAUGGCGACUCACCCAGGUUAUUAUGCGGAGCUGGUUGAGCAGGCGAUGGGUAGAUGUACGUUAGCGACGGAGGAGAUUGAGAGGGACCUGCAUCGUUCCAUGCCAGAGCACCAUGCCUUCCAAAACGAGAUGGGCAUAGCUGCUCUCCGACGGGUGCUUACUGCAUAUGCCUACCGCAACCCGGGCAUCGGCUAUUGUCAGGCCAUGAAUAUAGUAACCUCAGUGUUGUUGCUGUACUGUACUGAAGAGGAGGCGUUCUGGCUGCUGGUGGCCUUAUGUGAAAGGAUGCUGCCCGACUACUACAACACCAGAGUUGUAGGAGCACUGGUGGAUCAAGGUGUGUUUGAGGAGCUUACGCGGGAGUGUUUGCCGCUGCUGUACGAGCACAUGCAGGACCUGGGUGUGAUUUCCACCAUCUCUCUAUCCUGGUUCCUCACACUCUUCCUCUCUGUCAUGCCUUUCGACAGUGCCGUGCUGCUCGUCGAUUGCUUCUUCUAUGAGGGUAUCAAGGUCAUCUUUCAGGUGUCAUUGGCUGUGCUUCAUGCUAACAUGGAGCAGCUGCUAGAUUGCACAGAUGAGGGAGAGGCCAUGACCAUACUGGGCAGGUAUCUGGAUAAUGUUGUGAACAAGCAGACAGUGGCUGCACCUAUCCCUCACCUCCACGCCCUGCUGACCAGUGGUGAUGAGCCACCUCCAGAGAUUGAUGUCUUUGAGCUCAUUAAAACGUCCUAUGAGAAGUUUGGUAGUCUGCGUGCUGAUGUCAUUGAGCAGAUGAGGUUCAAGCAAAGGUUAAAGGUCAUCCAGUCUUUAGAGGACACAGCUAAGAGGAGUGUGGUGAGGGCCAUCAUGACAGAGUCUGCCUUCGCUAUUGAGGAGCUUGAGGAGCUUUAUGUGCUGUUCAAGGCCAAGCACAUAAUGAGUUGUUACUGGGGGGCAAGUAGCACUCCUGCAGAGCGCCAUGACCCAAGCCUGCCCUAUCUGGAGCAGUACCGGAUUGACAGUGGGCAGUUCGGACAGCUCUUCUCUGCGCUGUCGCCCUGGAGCUGCGGCAUGCACACAGCCACACUUUCUGCCCGCCUGUUCCGUCUGCUCGACAGCAACAAAGACUCCCUCAUCAACUUCAAAGAGUUCGUCACUGGCCUCAGUGGGAUGUAUCACGGUGAUAUGACUGAGAAGCUGAAGCUGCUCUAUAAAUUACACCUGCCUCCAGCUUUAUGUCCAGAAGAGGCAGAGUCUGCGCUCGAGGCCACUCAGUUCUUCACUGAUGAUGACACGCCACAGGAUCCUCCCUCCUUGUCUCAUCUGGACUUCCUGGUCCAGGAAGUGACCUCAGGCGAAGAGGUAAAGGAAGCGAAGGAGGCAGGUGAAGCAGGAGGAGACUCGGAAGACAAGAAAGAAGAGAAAGUCAAGGACUAUAAGUAUUACCUAAGAAUGUGGGCUAAAGAGAAAGAACCUAAGAAAGAGACCAUCAAAGACUUGCCCAGAAUGAACCAGGAGCAGUUCAUUGAGCUGUGCAAGACACUCUACAAUAUGUUCAGUGAGGACCCUCUGGAGCAGGAGCUCUAUCAUGCCAUCGCUACAGUGGCCAGUCUGCUGCUGCGCAUUGGAGAGGUGGGCAAGAAAUUCACCAACAAUGGCAGCAAAAAGCCUGAACUCCAGGCUCUUGUAGCAGAAGAUGUCCCACAACAAGAAAAAGAGGACUCUUCUGGGGAGGGUGGACAAUCCCUUGUGUCAAAAGCCCUGGCAGAGGCCCAGCUAGAGAACCCGACCCCACCAGCCAAUGGGUCAGAUGAAGAAGCGAAGGACGACACGUCAAUUUCGUCAUAUUCCGUUGUCAGCGCUGGCUCUCUGCAGUGCGAGGACAUCGCAGACGACACUGUUCUGAUUGGCUGCGGAGGUGGAAUAGGCGGAGCUAUAGGUGGGAAUGAUUGUAGGCGGGGUAGUGCACCAGAUGCCGAUUGGUCGAUCUCAUUUGAGCAGGUGCUGGCAUCUUUGCUAACAGAACCGGCUCUGGUAAACUACUUUGAGAAGAAACACGACAUUACAAGUAAGAUGGCUGCCUGUAAGGCCCAGAGAGCUGUAGAAAGACAGAUCAGUUCAUCCAGCGACCAUGAGCUAGCUCAACUCUCCACUUGAGAACACAUACAAGCACGUACUUGCACAGAUGCAGACCAAGCAUGCGUGUUUUUUUUGGAUGAGAGUUUGCCCAAGACGUGAUUCAUGAUUAUUAUGUACACAGAUUUGACUCUUGCGAGCGCUAGCCUUUUAAUGUUCGCUCUCUCAUUCCUCUCACCUUCACACCGUGUAGUGAGCCUUAGUUCUCAGCACUUUUGCUCAUUUGGUCUUUGUCCUCCCAGGCAAGCACUUUUCAACCGCUAGAAUCUACUUUUAGAUCUUAGGUCAGUCCUCAGCCUGUGUCCCUGGGCUGCAAAUAGGCCAGUGUUGAGUUUAUGUCGCUUUUUGUGUUUACCGCUGAUUAGGGUAUGUGGUUGACCUGAGGUCAGUACUUGUUAAUAGAGUUUACCAUCAGACCACAGAUUGCAACAUGUAGCGUUAGACUCCAAACCUGCACAUUUUAAGUUUUAAUAACAACACUUGGAAUUGUGUUUCGUGGAAUUAUAUCAUCUAAAUAAGCGGGAUGAAACCAAAUACACUGCUGUUCCGUUUAAAAUGUUUGGUUUAAAAGGUAAGCAUUGCUUUAUUCCAUAAUUACGUGGCAGUUUUCUAAAGUAAUCUUACACUAAGUAUGUGUCAUAAUCAGGCAGUGAGUUUUAAAAUAGGAAGUGUCCUUUUUGAGAAUAGCGUUUGUUAAACUCUAGUUCUUUCAAAUCCCUCUGCGUCACCUUUGUCUUUUGUCCCUCCACACUUUUAGCCGUGGUUCAGGGCCAUUGAAAGUGUGUGUGUGUGUGUGUGUGUGUGUGUGUGUGUGUGUGUGUGUGUGUGUGUGUGUGUGUGUGUGUGUGUUUAGCAGCUUUCUCCUCCAAAGCAUCAUUGCCUUACUGAAAUGAUCUGGUAUGGAUGUGGAUAAAAGUUCUGUUAGUGAGUUCUGUUGCGUGAAAAUUCUUAGAGGGCCAGUAGCCAGCAACUGCCCAUUAGCUUUACAUUAACGAUGUCCUUCAGAUAUGAUAGGGACUCACCCCAGCUUUUAUUGCAUUUUAAAAUUACUUCUUGAACCUAGAUUGUUUUAGUUGCAAUAUUCUUAAAACACUAGUACAUUAAGCAAGUACAAUCGCAAAAAUAUUUGUAAAUUAUGAUCUUUUUCCUAACUACAUUUCCCAUAAUUCAUUAUUGUAGUGCCUGCAUUGCGUACAAGUUCAAAAAACAGAACAUGCAAUUUAUCCAGGCUUGACAAACCUAGAACCAAUUGCAGUCCUAGAAUUUUCAGACACUGCUCUCCUUUUUUGGCAUAUUCUUAGUUACUUGACUGAAACAGGAUCUUCUAUUCCAGACACUUUAUCAUGGCUGUUGCUUGCCACCUAAUUUCAAGUAUAUGCAAUGUCUCUAAGCACUUGGUAUUAGUUGUCUCAAACUGUAAAUAUCUGCUUAUUUCCUUAUAUGACCUGUUUUUAUUGUUCAAUCUGUAUGUAGUAACGCAUCUGUUUGCACUGUCACAAUACUUUUGAUUUUUUUCUUCACUCAGUAGUUUGCCCUUUAUAAUCUUUUAUUUUAAUUGUUACCUUUGUACUAAAUAAAAGAGCUUUAAAUAGACCUUAGUCUCUAACCUGAUAUAAAUGAGGCCAACUACACUUUUUUCAUUUAAAACUGGUUAUAUUGACAUUCCAUUCAGGAACAACAGUCUGAUCAUCCUCAUGGGGUUGCUAGCUUUAAACAGACCCUUAGUGGAACCGUUCAUGUCAGAGGAAAAGAUGUCUCAAAGCUGGCCAUCAUGCAUUCUUUGAAGACAAGACCCACUUUAAUUUGAAAUGUGAGUGGAUUCUGAUUGUAAUCAGCACAGUCAUAUAGUAGUUUCCAACAUUAUAUGGCUGGCUGCACUAAUAUGUGACCUCUUGUUUAGUCCUACUAGGUAUCACUACAGCUGCACAAUGUUAUUUGUUAAUCAUUAUUACACUAUUGGCAGAUAUAUUGUAGAAGGCCACAAAUGCAAAUGAGCCCUCCAACAAACUACAACAUUUCUGUCUCUUAUGAGCAACCAGACCAAUCUUAAAUACUCCAGAUGAGCGGCCUUUGAAUGUUGUGAUUAAUCAAUCAAAGCACUCAUAUGAUCCAACAAACAUUACAUAAUGCAGGCACACUUAAUGCAGGUCUUAUCAAGGGCUCACCAGUAUGUUUUCAGUAUAUUGUAAGGUGUGUCACAGUACUUUGUCCACAUUGAGCAACCCUAAACUCACCCCCUCAGGUACUCCCUGCUAACUAGCUUAGCUAUUGGCAGAAAUGUUUCCCUCAGACAGGUGCAGCUAACUGUAUUCUGGUGAAAUGGAUUGCAGAGAAUGAGAUUCCGAAGAAAGGUGGAGAUCAGACGAUGUUGCAUUGUUGUGGAUCCAGACAGAUCGGGGCUAGAGAAAGUAAAAUAGCCUGAUAUGCUAAUAUGGUAUAUGGUAAUAUGCUGUAUAUAUCCAGUUAACCCUCUAAAUCACUACUAAGCAUGUGUACAUGUGCAGUUUGAGCAGAUCUUUACUAUCAAACUCUCAUUCUGUGCCUGUGAACUGUAUCGUAAACAUCUUUCAACAAACCAAGUGUGUGAAUGCUUCAUUAUUUUCAUGCUGCACUGUGAAAGUAACCAGUGUCCUUUGCUGAAUCUGCUUAUUAAUGUAUAAAGAAAAGAUUUUAUGUUUACUUCCUCUUACUGAAUUUCCCACAAAUGUUUGUCUCAGUAAAAAGAAGUAUCUAUUGUCACAAUGUGCAUACAGUAUUUAAUCCAUAUAACUGGUUAUUUGCUCAUUCAAAUAUUUGUUUUUAAAAUUUGUCAUUGAUCAGUACUGUAUUAUACUGUGUAAUAAACUAUGUAUAAACAAA